CCCCACCGCCCCCUUCGGCUCCGUCCCGUCCCGUCCCGCCGCCGCCGCAUGGGGCCCCCCGGGCCGGCCUGACCCGCACCCGAAUCCCCGCUGCCCCCGGAGACGGGCCCCGGCCGGACCCCCCGGAGCACGCAGCGACGCCCGGGCCCCUUUCAGGGGAUAGAAACACCCGGAGCCGCCCGGGGCGGCCCCGGCCGGACCCCCCCGCACGCCUGGAAGAGCCCCCGGCACGUCCCGCCGCUGGAGCACAGACCCCGACCCCCGACAGCCUUCGUGUGCCAGGGACCCCCGCGGAGACGCGGUCCCCUCCCGGGGAGGCGGGAGCCGGCACCGCUGGGGACCCAGCGGCCGUCCCGCCUGGAGCCCCCCGGCCCCCCGCCGGCAUCCCCCCAAGUCCCGGGCUGGCCCCAGGCCACCGAGGGUCGCGCUCCCAGGGCUGGGGGGAGCCGGGCUACCCCGCGCCCCCCGGCUGAGCCGGCCCUGAGCCGGUGGGGCGGCCGUGGGGUGUCAGAGCGCCCCGGGGGGGGGGCCUCGGCGCCCUGCCCCGCGCCGGCCCCAUGGCAGCCAAGUGGUUCAAGGAGUUCCCCUCCAACCUGAAGACGGUUUCGGAGCGGGCCCGGCCUGGCAGCGGCAGCCUCGGCAAGAGCCGCAAGAACUCGGGCGCUGAGCUGGGAGGCUGCAGGGCCGGGCCGGGGGGCAGCAAGGAGGGUGGGGGGCGGCUGUCCAGGGACAACCUGCAGGGUCUGCUCCAAGCCGCCACCGGGAAGAUGCGGAAGAACUCCCGAGUGGAAGGGGUGGCACCGGAGGGACCCCACAAACCCUGCGGCACCUACAUCAACCGCCUCAUCAAGGUGGAGGCCCACGAGAAGAACGCGAAGGGGUACCCCUGUCCCCCGCCCGCACCCGAGCAGGACAAGGGCAAGACCCUCAAGACAGAGACGGUCAUCAUCCUGGAGGACUAUGCCGAUCCCUAUGAUGCCAAGCGCACCAAGGGGCAGCGGGAUGCCGAGCGCCUGGGUGAGAAUGACGGGUACAUGGAGCCCUACGAUGCGCAGCAGAUGAUCACAGAAAUCCGCCGUCGGGGCUCCAAAGACCCCUUGGUCAAAGCCAUCCUGCUGCUGGAUGGGCCUGGCGAGCCCGGGGAGGGGGGGGGCAAGCUGGAGUCAGCCAAGUGGCCGGGGAGCAAGGAGGCAGUGGGGAAGGGGCCACAGCUCUACGACACCCCCUAUGAGCCCGGGGAAGGGGUGACUGGGGGCACCCCAGAGCGCAGGCCAAGGGCCGGGGACGGGCGCCUGCCUGAGAAUGAUGAGCGCCCGGCGGGGGAGUACGAGCAGCCCUGGGAGUGGAAGAAGGAGCAAAUUGUCAAAGCACUGUCAGUCCAGUUCGAGGGCUCAGAGCGGCCCAAGGAGGAGGUGCCGCGGCAGCACCUUCGCCAGAAGAGCUGGACCCCCAAGAUGCUGAAGCCGACAGGCCCCGAGCACAGCGAAGGGGAGAGGGUGGACCCCGCGCUGGCGCUGGAGAAGCAGCCCUGGUACCACGGGGCUAUCACACGGGCAGAGGCCGAGAGCCGGCUGCAGGCAUGCCGAGAGGCCGGGUUCCUGGUGCGCACCAGCGAGACCGGCAGCGGCAAAUACUCCAUCGCGCUCAAGACCAGCCAGGGCUGCGUCCACAUCAUCGUGGCCCAAACCAAGGACAACAAGUACACGCUCAGCCAGGCCAGCGGCGUCUUCGCCAGCGUCCCCGAGGUAGUACACUACUAUUCCACCGAGAAGCUGCCCUUCAAGGGGGCCGAGCACAUGGCCCUGCUGCACCCCGUGCACUGCAAGCUGCAUUAGCACCCACUAAUGUCUCCCCCCCACGACUGGCCCGCGACCCCCGCCAGCCCUGCGGCGUGGGGCAGGGUCCUCAAAGGACCCCGCAUCCCCGUCCUGCUGCUGCCGCCGGGCACCGGCCGCCUGCGCUCCCCUUGCACCAGGACGGAUCCUGCCUGCCCCUUACUGGAGCCGACCCGGUGCCGGGGUGAGGGGGGCGCAGCGAGGCUGGGACGUGUAACGGAGAAGUGAAAUAAACGUGUUGGCUGAGA